CCGGCACUCGGGAGUGGGCUAUGUAGUGGAGAGUAUUGAAGAUGGCGAAGGCGAUAGUUCUGAUGAGAGCGAUGACGACGACGAUGACGACAAUAACGACGAUGAGGAAGGAGAGGAAGAGGGACCUAUCGAGGGCUGUGUAAUGUGUGAGAGGCCCAUGCCUAUCACCAAGCACCACCUGAUUCCCAG